AUGCAAGCCCACGACGAGUUUUGUAGGUAUUACCACGGAGCCCAGGCCGGCGACGCCACGGCAAAGUUUCCGGAUGCCAGCAUCACUGGGUUGAAUGCUUAUCAGGAAUGCCAUCUCAAGGAUCAGCUCAGCAACCAGGGUUACGCGUAUUUCAAGAAAUACGCAGAGGCAUUUGUCUUUGAUUCUUCAACGGUCGGCGCACUGAUCGACGCAGAGCUUCGGGAUAAAGACUUGGACCAGGAGUCCGCUGCGGGGCGAUCCAGCACCGUGGGACUGGGGCCCACUCCGUCGUCUAGUGUGUACACUGAUGACUACCUUCUGAAAUUUGAGAUACGUUGGUUGUCGGCCCAGUCAAAAUGGCAGAGCUUCCAGCGGCUGAGAUGCCUCUCGUUGGCUGCUCAGCUGCCUGCAGAUCCGGUGUCCGCACGAGAGAUAAUCACCAUGAUGCAAGAGCAAAUUGAUCUAGAGUCUCGGAUUGCUAGCGCAGGAGACACCAACCAGUUUGCCAAGAGCGAAGGACUCUCGUCAUCCCGACCCAAACGCAAGGGCCUACAUAUCAAUCCGAAUGUGAUGCAAUGGGCUCACGCUUGUAGAGCAGGUGAGGAACGAUCCUUGCGAGCAAGCCUUUCUAAGUGGUGCUUUCCACAUCGGGAAACGGCGGAGGGCGCUGGGGCAGAAGGCACCUCGACGUCUGCAACGCAGACCCAAGAAGCAUUCGAUAAUGAGAUAGGCGACCGACCGGGCUCGCAAGAAGCGCUUCCUCUCCACAGUCCUCCAGACUUGGAGGUGGCGGAGGUCGCCGCGGUAGAAGGCACCUCGACGUCUGCAACGCAGACCCAAGAAGCAUUCGAUGAUGAGAUAGCCGACCGACCGGGCUUGCUAGAAGCGCCUCCUCUCCACAGUUCUCCAGACUUGGAGAUGGCGGAGGUCGCCGCGGUGGAAGGCACCUCGACUGGAACACAGACCCAAGAAGCAUUCGAUAAUGAAUUAGCCGACCGAUCGGGCUUGCACGAGGAAGCCGCGGUAGAAGGCAUAUUGACGUCUGAAACGCAGACCCAAGAAGCAUUCGAUAAUGGAUUAGCCGACCGAUCGGGCUUGGAAGAGGAAGCCGCGGCAGAAGGCAUAUUGACGUCUGGAACGCAGACCCAAGAAGCAUUCGAUAAUGAGAUAGUCGACCGACCGGGCUUGCAAGAAGGGCUUCGUCGUCGCAUACGCCCUUUGCAGGCUGCACAGCCAGAAGGCAGCCAUCACCCAGGGGUCAACGAUCUUUACGCCCCUUCACGCGACGCCUUCGAGCUUUCUCGUCAACAGCUCGAGAGUGACCAUCAAAAAGCUCAGCGGCAGAGACUCGUUUGGAUGUCUGGGAAAAGGGAUAGAAAUCGGGUCACAGCAGUCGUAACGCGCUGCCUUCCACCCCAAAUUACGGACCUUUUCGUCGACGAAUGCAACGCUUACGUCAGGAUCUACUUUGCUGAACACUUCGCUUCUGAACCGUAUCCCUAUCUUCUCGAUGGAUAUUUGAAACAACGGGAGAGCCUAAAUGUAGACCAGCAGACGUUGAAGGAACGCAUCGAUCCAACGUUCAUAGGAUUUUUGGAGACUACGGCCAUCUUGGCUUGGAGCUCAUCUUCUCAUGUUCUAUGGUCUAUUCGGUGGUACAAAGCCGGAGGACUCCUUGGUCAACUAUUGUACAUGUGUGGUGGCGUGCUGUUGGCCACGUUUUUUCGCUUCGGAUACUCUCGCGACAGCCCUGCCUUCCUCUUUACCUACGUGCUAGGCGGUAUAUGCGGCGUCAUCUGGCUGGUCGACUGGCCUCGCCGUCGGAAAGCAUCGCCGACGGCACCACUGCCCGAAGGGACGCAGAUAGCCGAUCUACCAGCUGACCUGACACCAGAGGACGUGUUUCAUCACGUAUUUGAUCCUAUCCUAGAUGACGACGUCAUCGGGAACUGGUGGCGUGAUGUGGAACCCGGACUUCCCAAGCAGGCGUUUCACAACAGCGUCGACGCAAUGCAACACAAGGAAUGGUACGAGCGCUACGUCAGGUACAUGCGAUGUCUUGCUGCGGGCGUGGUUAUUGAGUGCAAUCGCCUCACACGCCUGGGGACCUCAACGCUUCCGGAGCUUAGGCGUGAGGCCGCAGCCUCGAGCGAUGAAGCCAAGGACUGA